AAUGUCGCGCCAAAACUUUGACGUUUUGUAUUUGAAGUUGAAUGGUGUCAGUCGCCGCAAGACAAUACCGUAUUUAUACGUACAAUCGACAUGUAGAACAUUCUUAUUCCAUGAAAUUUUGAUAAAAAUAAAAAAAUAGUGACGACAAGAUGGAAUAUUUGUGGAAGAAAGAAGCAAACGGCGAUUACAUUGAUUUUUUUGCGAAAGUACGUGAUGCCAGUAUGUUUGGCAUAUGGGACAAUUUGCUGACGGAAAACAUCCAAUGGUUAAGUGACUGUGAACAAUUUCGUAAAAACAAUCAAACGUCAUUGGAUUAUUUUGAUAUUGGAUAUCGAAAAUAUGUGGUCGGCAAUUUUAGUGGUGCUUUAAUGAGUUACAAUCAAAGUUUAUGCUUUGCGAUACCUGGUUCGGUGAACGAGAGCUUGGCAUAUGGAAAUCGUUCAAAAUGCUUCAUCAAAAUGAAAUUGUAUCGCGAAGCAUUGACUGACAUUAGGCUUGCAUCGAGAUUUCAACAUUCAAAACGUGUGUCGAGACGAUUAAAUUCCCAACGAAUCGAAUGCGAGAAGCAACUUAUGUUAGGUCUUCAGAUUGUAAACGGUACGCCAAAGUUGGACUAUCCAUCGGACUGUAAUUUUUCUGGCAUGGCAAACGUACUGGAAAUACGCAAUAACAAUGAGUUUGGUCGUCACAUCGUCGCCAAAUGUAACAUUGAUGCUGGAAAAGUGAUUCUUGUGAACGAUGUCUUCGCAUCGGCUACGACAACGGCCAGUCAACUGUAUUGCCGUAAUUGCAAUCGAACCGAACAAAAUUUGGUUCCCUGUCCAAACUGCACACAUACAAUGUUUUGCUGUGGACAAAAAAGUAUCCAUCAAUUGGAGUGUUGUACAAUUUUUCAUGUGAUCGGUGAUACCACCUUGAAGCUGUCAAUUGAGACCAUUCUGAUGGCAAUUGACAUGUUCCCUUCGAUAAAAGAGCUUAAAAAAUAUAUCGAGAAGGUUCUAAAGGAAAAUCAUGUGCCGAAAAUGGCCAAAGAUCCAAUGUCACGUUACGGAUUGUUUUUGAAAUUAACCCAAUCAUUUGAGUUUGAACGCAUUUAUUCAUCCUAUCAAGCGUACACGACACUCAUGGCGCUACCAAAAGUAAAUCGACUAUUUAAUUCGAAGGAAAUGCAAACAUUUUUAAUGCAUCUUACGUUGCAUCAUCACUCCAUCAUUCCGAAGAAUUCAUUUCACCAUGAACGAUUCAACAGAGACUGGAUUUGGACUGACUAUAUCUAUGAUGUCAUGUCGCUGAUUAAUCACUCAUGCGUACCAAAUGUAUUCAACUUUUCGACAUCCAAUGAAAUCGGCCACUGCGUCACCGUGAAAUCAAUUCAAGAAGGAGAACAAAUUUUUAUUAAUUACCUGGGCAAUGAAUGCAAAAAAUCAAAAGAUUCUCGUCGUAAGGCGCUGAAAAUGUGGGGAUUUGAUUGUAAGUGUGUAAGGUGUGAAGCUCCACGCAGGCCAAGUCUACGAUCAAAUGAUGACAACAAGAAAAUAAUCGUCGAUCCAUCAUUCAAAUAUAUCAUGGAAAAUUGCCAGAAAAGCUACUGCAGAGAAAGCAAUUGCGAUUUUGGAAUUCGGCCGAAACUCAAGAGAGAAUGUGUUCAAAUUUUGCAGCGAUUUGGCCAUUUGGUUUUAACACCCGAAAUAAAUUUCGUUCGGCACUGCUUCACAUUACAUUGAAGUUGCAUGCAUGAAAUCAUUUUUUUUUAUAAUGAGCAGAGCUCAUACCUGUCAAUAUUUUUCUUCACCCUUCAUUCAUAGUUUAUCGAUAGCAUCAUUGACAAUAGAAUUCUAUUGGUUUUUAGAACCAACAUUUUAAAAAAUAAUAUCAACUAAAAAAAGGUCCAAAGUUAAAAACGCAUGACCGGAUCUAUUAUUCGUGAAUUUAUGAACAUUUAUCUUAUAAAAAAUAAGAGAACUGAAAGUUGUUAGAAUUACCAUAUUAAGUAUAGUUCAAGUACUUAGGUUUAAGUAUAAUUUACGAACAAAACUGUUUAAGAAAAUAAUGAUGAAACUAUUUCUCAAGUCGCAUAUGAGAGAAAUGAAUCUUUGGAUUUUUAGACUGAUUUUGAAAAAAAAAAUAUCCAUUAAGGCACAUUUUGACCAGAAAUGAUACAUCACAGUAGAUAGUAAAGUCACUUGGAACAUUGUUCGAUAAAUUUAGCAGAAAAAAUCUACAAAGUGACUAGAUCAUUAUUAUCAAAGAGAAAGACGAUUUAUCUAGUUUGUAAAUCAUUAAAUUUUACUGAAUGCAUGUGAAAAUUACAUAAAUAUAUUAAUAUUUAAUACAUCAUAAUGCUAAUGGGCUAUCAAUUUGUUUUACAUGAA